AUGACAUUUGUGGAUAAUUUUGAAUUCAAUCAAAAUACACCAAGAUUAGUAAGAGGUCCAUUUAUAAUUUUAAACUCAAUAAUUUUUAGUUUAUCAUUUAUUUUAUUAUGUUCAACUGGUAUAAUUAUUUAUUACUUAAAUGAAUACUAUUUAGUUAAAGAUUUAACAAUACCAUUAGGAUCAUUUAUUUUAAGUGCAUAUAUGGUAAUAACAACAAUAGUUGGUGGAAUAGCAAUUUGGAAGAAAAAACUUGGAUUACAUUUGACUUUUAUGGUAUUUUUAGUGGUAUUAAUAGUUUGUUUGGUUGGUGUUAGUGCUAAAAUGAUUGUAGAUAGUGGUAAUCCAGAGAAAUUACAACAUAAAAUUGAAAAUAUUUGGUAUAAAGUGGGUAAUUAUCAACAUCACUCAAAACACUAUCAUCAUGGAAUCAUUGAAAUAAUUGAAAAACAUCACCGUUGUUGUGGUUGGUCAAAAGAAAUUGAAGGAAAUUAUUGUGUUCACUUUAAUAGAAGAGAAUCUGGUCAUGGUUAUUGUGCACCAUAUGUUGAAAAAAGUGUUGAAUCAAUUUUAAAAUAUUUGGGUUACUAUGGAAUAGUUUUAUCAGUUAUAGAAUUGAUUUUAUUAAUAUUAUCAGGUUUCUUUUUAUUAAAAACAAAUAAAAAUGUAAAAUCAAAAUCAUUUAUUUUACAAGAUUAA